UACUGAGGCCUGUGUUUAGUGCUCUACUAUCAGAGAACUGCAGAGCUCCUUUUAAUUGUUCAAACGUAACAAUUCCGCGAGUGCGCACUGAAGCCGGACGUCGGAUUUGACCGCUUAAUGAGCGGAGGUGUUGGACAGCUAAGCUAUACUGAAUAGGACAACAGUUCCGUAGCGGAACACGACAGUUUGCAAGAGCAGUGUGCGCAAGAUGAAUACAACUGAUUCAAGUUCCUCUACGGAUUCCACAAAGACUUCAGAGAAAAUUAAGAGGCCAUUAAACGCCUUUAUCCUUUGGUCCAAGAAGAGGAGGAGGGUCAUUGCCAACGAAAAUCCGCAGAUGCACAACUUUGACAUCAGUAGAAAACUGGGCUUAGAAUGGCAAAAACUGUCCGAGGAAGAGAAAGCGAAUUACUUCGAAGAAGCCAAGCGUUUGAAAGAGGAGCAUAAACAACAAUAUCCUGAUUACAAAUACCAACCAAGAAAACGUGAUAAAACAAACAAAAGAAACAAGCUCCUUCACGGGACGCCGUUUCAGUUCAGCUUCUAUCCGCAUGACACUACGGGGUUCUUCGAUAGCAGGUACCAUUUCCCAGUGCCUGACUCGAGGCCAUCGUUUCCAGCGGAACCCUUGCCACCUCAUGGAGAACCCUCUGGUGUAAGCAGCGAGGAUCAUAUAACACACAGCACUCACGCAAAACCAACACACACGGAUCACAGUACCCACAGUGUCAUUUACCAGAGCUUCCGGCCUCAGUCUUGCGAUGGUUUUGUACCGUACAGGAGUCUGGAGCCUCCAUACCUGCCUCUACGGCCCAAUUUUGACUUCUCGCAUCUAAACUGGUACGGUUCGUCUUCGGCUUCCAGCCGCAUUGCCCCUGUACCGUACUGUAGUCGAAUGUACCCAUGGCACGCGGCGCGUCAAACCGAUUUCCACUCGUGAGAACGGCGCGCCAUGAACUCUCGAAACUUAGCGAGUUUACCAAGAAAGAAACAUUUGAAGGUAUAGUAGAGGCGUAAAGACAUAUUAUUUGGCAAUUUAGGAUGUAAAAAAUGCGAGCAGAGACAUUAUUAAAUUUAUUGCUGAUCAAAACGACGUUGAAAUUGUUAGUUUAAUUGGUGAAGACACUUCUAAAGUACCUCAUGAUUACUUAAAUUUCACUUUGCGGGCAGCUCAUCGUCUUAAGUAGACGCAAAAACCCAAUGUAGAAGGUAAUAGCAAAACGGAAGUGGCUUUUCGUUAUUGUUAUUGUUGCUUUUAACUAUUUUGUAAAGUACAGUAACUUAAAUCGAACGCGGUACUUUACAUUUUGUGAAAAGCUGUUUGCAAAUUACCGACGUGUACAGUUUAGUUCAUCGACUCGCUGUUCCGUAUAUCCAAUUUUUUGCAGAAACUCGUUCUAAACUUAAAUUUAUAGGCGAUGAAUCAUUGCACGAAGUCUUAUUACGAAAACGAAAGUCUUCGAUUACAAUAAAUCAUCUAGUUAAUGAAAAGUCAAUUUUUACUCAUUUAAGAACGUUAGAAGGCUGUAAAUUGACAAUAAGGUACAAUAGUCAAUUUUUUUUACUAGCUGGUAAGAAACGGAAAAAUGUGACUAGUGCUUUGUCCUGACUGAUCUUCUCAUAUGAGCACCAAACAUUCUCCCGAGGCUCUGUAAACUUGACUGUGUAAAUUUUGAGUGAAGAAAGCGGCUUUUUGUCGAACCCAAGUGCUAAAACACGUGGCAAGUAUAAAGUAAUACUUUACUAAUUGAACAGCGUGCAAAAGUUACGCAAAUGUUCAGCGCAUUUAUGUGUGAGCCGGCGGCUUUGAAGAAAGGACGGAAAACCGCUCUUCACCGUUUUAGUAAUUCUCCACACUUAAUCCUUCAUUUCACCUUUCGCUAAACGCAUGAAACCAGUCGGCAUAGGAAAGACAUAAUAGUUUCAUUAAAUCGUUUUACGGCUACACAUAGAGUCAACAAACUAUAAACACAUUCUGACAUGCUAAAGAAAACACGAUGUAAGGUCGAAAUUUUGUUGCUAACGGUAAGCUCUUUAAUAAGAAGCGCUGUCUCGGGCUUUAUAGAGACGUAAAAGCUUUUCUGUACACUGUUGGUGUAAUCAGAACUUGGAAAAUAAUCUCCAAUGCAGGUUAAAGUAUGGGUCACGGGAGAAAGAGAGCAAAACUCUUUAGCAACGAACUGCAGUUUAUUUAAUUUUCAUUUGAAAUUUUAAAGUAAUUAUUUUUUUGUGGAAUUUGACUUUCGUGCGUACUUGUUCGAAAUCUGCCGAGUUUCUCUUAGUUAGAGAAUCUAGUAAUGUACAGAUCAGCUUUUAAACUUAGAGUGUUAUAUCCAAAUAUAUAAUU